UGCUAAUUGGUCUACAACGACUCCUUACAACUUUUCACAUUUUCUUGUAACACCUUCACUAUUUUAUUGAGGCUUAUAGUUACACUCAUGGCUGCCCAUCGAUAUGGACUCUUUUUCUGCAACACUCCUUGCUUUUAACUUAGCCCUUCUUCUCUUCAGGUCUGCAGCAAUCUCCGAUUCCUUAACGGCUCAAAACCCAUAUCUCAGAGAUGGCCUUAGUCUGGUCUCUACUAAUGGAACUUUUGAAUUGGGUUUCUUUAGUCCUGGACUUCCCAGUAACCGUUACUUGGGAAUUUGGUACAAGAAUCGCCGAGGUCCAACAUCUGUUUGGGUUGCCAAUAGGAAAACCCCCAUUAGUGGUUCGUCUGGUGUACUGGUGAUGAACAUUACAACAGGAAAUCUUACACUCUUCGGCCAUAAUUCCACUGUUGUUGUUUGGUCCGCCAGGUUACUGAGAAAAGUCCCCAAUGGGGUACUCCAACUAUUGGACACUGGAAAUCUUGUGCUGAGAGAUAGGGAUGAUGAAAAUCCCCAAAACUAUUCCUGGCAAAGCUUUGAUUACCCUUCUGAUACUCUCUUGCCUGGAAUGAAGCUAGGUUGGGACUUGAGAUAUAACAUUGAGAGAAGAUUAGAGGCUUGGAACAAUCUCAAUGACCCAUCUCCUGGAGACCUCAGUUGGAGGAUGGAGCUUCAUGAAUAUCCCGAGACUGUCAUGUGGAAAUGUUCCCGAAAGUACGUUAGGCAUGGCCCAUGGAAUGGUGUGAGACUCAGUAGUAGACCACUAGCUGCAGCGCCAAUUUUGAACUUCAAUUUUGUUUCAAAUGAGAAUGAGGUUUACUACCAAAUCUCUGUUGUAAAUAAGUCUCAUUCAGUGAUGUUGGUGAUGAACCAAUCGACUUACACGCGCAUAUUAUACUUGUGGUCUGCAGCUGAAAGACGGUGGAGAGUUUACACUUCAUUGCCAAGAGAUUACUGUGAUAAUUAUGCCCUGUGUGGCCCAUAUGGUUAUUGUGAUAUAAGGGUAACUCCAUCUUGUAAAUGUCUAGAAGGGUUUAAGCCAAGAUCGCCUGAUACUUGGAAAACUGGGGAAUUUGCAGACGGUUGUGAACGAAACAAACUGAUGAACUGCGGUGAUGAAGUUGGGUUUGCACAUCUCAACCAGAUGAAGUUGCCAGAUACAAAGCAUACUUGGGUCAACAAAAGCAUGAAUCUUGAAGAGUGCAGGCAAAAAUGCUUGAGAAAUUGCUCAUGUAUGGCUUAUGCAAAUACAAAUAUUAGCGGCAGUGGCAGUGGCAGUGGUUGUGCCUUGUGGAUUGGUGAUCUAAUUGACUUGAAACUGAUCCCCGAUGCAGGACAGGAUUUAUAUGUCAGAAUGCUGGCAUCAGAACUAGUCAUGCAUAGGAAAGCACACAAGACUGGAAGAUUGAAUUCGAAAGUGAAGAUUGCUUUGUUUGCAAUUUCCGGUUUUGGUUUGGCUAUCAUCUUCUUCAUAGGCGUAUACAUUUUCAGAAGGAGAUCAACCAUUAAAGAUGGCCAUGAGAAAAUAGAAGCUCAUCACCUGGAGCUUCCCUUGUUUGAUUUAUCCUUGAUUAACAGUGCCACAGAUAACUUCUCACUUAAUAAUAAGCUAGGAGAAGGUGGCUUUGGGCCAGUAUAUAAGGGUAAGCUUACAAAUGGACAAGAUGUUGCAGUGAAAAGACUUUCACAGAGUUCUGGACAAGGAACGAAUGAGUUUAAGAAUGAAGUAAUCCUGAUUGCGAAACUGCAACAUCGAAACCUUGUAAAGCUUCUUGGUUGCUGCAUUGAAGGAGAUGAGAAAAUGCUAGUUUAUGAGUAUAUGCCAAACAAAAGUUUGGACUUCUUUAUAUUUAAUAAAACACAGCGACAAUUAUUAAGCUGGUCAAAUCGGUAUCGCAUUAUUUGUGGAGUUGCUAGAGGACUCAUGUAUCUCCAUCAAGAUUCGAGAUUGAGGAUUAUACAUAGAGAUUUAAAAGCAAGUAAUGUUUUACUUGACAUGGAUAUGAAUCCAAAAAUCUCUGAUUUUGGACUGGCUAAAACUUGUGGUGGAGAUCAAACGGGAGGACGAACAUUAAGAGUGAUUGGAACCUACGGAUAUAUGGCACCAGAAUAUGCUUUUGAUGGACAAUUCUCAGUGAAAUCUGAUGCUUUUAGUUAUGGCAUUUUGUUGCUGGAGAUCAUUAGUGGGAAAAGAAGCAGAACUUUCUGCCAUUUGAAUGACCAAAACCUAAUUGCAUAUGCAUGGCGAUUAUGGAAAGAAGGAAAUGUAGAAGAAUUGCUCGAUGAUGCCAUUCGAGAAACAUGCAGCCUUUCGGAAGUGAUAAGAUGUAUCAAUAUCAGUUUGUUAUGUGUUCAACAACAUCCUAAUGAUCGACCCACAAUGUCAUCGGUGGUUAUGAUGCUAGGCUGUGAAAUUCCUUUGUCACAACCAAAACAACCCGGAUUUUUCAUAGAAAAUGAAGGCAUUGAAAUGAAAAGAUGCUCAAGUGAAGAUAAAUCAACGUCAACUAAUGAAUUGACUGUUACGCUCCCAGAUCCAAGGUGUUUUUUCUCUUCCAACACCAUCUGUAUUUUAUUUGAAGUGAAUACUCAUGGCCGCCCCAUCGAUAUGGACUCUUUCCCUCCAGCAUUGUUGGCUUUUAACUUACUCCUCUAUCUCUUCACUUAUGUUGCUGCCACUGAUUCCUUAACUGCUCAAGACCCAUAUCUCAAAGAUGGCUUUAGUCUUGUUUCCAGUAAUGGAAACUUCGAAUUGGGUUUCUUCAGUCCCGGUCUUUCGAGAGAUCGUUACUUGGGAAUUUGGUUCAAGAAUCGGCGAGGUCCGACCUCCGUUUGGGUUGCGAAUAGGAACACCCCAAUCAAUGAUUCAUCUGGUGUACUGGUGAUGAACAUUACAACAGGAAAUCUUACGCUUUACAGCCAUGAUUCCACCGCCAUUGUUUGGUCCGCCAGGUUGCUGAGAAAAAUCCCCAAUGGGGUACUCCAAUUAUUGGACACUGGAAAUCUUGUGCUGAGAGAUAGGAAAGAUGAAAAUCCCUUAAACUACUCCUGGCAAAGUUUUGAUUACCCCACUGACACUCUCUUGCCUGGAAUGAAGCUGGGUUGGGACUUGAGAAAUAACAUUAAUAGAAGAUUAGACGCUUGGAAGAAUCCGAAUGACCCAUCACCUGGAAACCUCAGUUGGAGGAUGGAGCUUCAUGAAUAUCCUGAAUCUGUCAUGUGGAAAGGUUCACAAGAAUACUUCAGGCAUGGCCCAUGGAAUGGUGUGAGAGUCACCAGUAGACCACUAGGUAUUGCACCAAUUCUGAACUUCAACUUUGUUUCAAAUGAGGAUGAAGUUUACUACCAAUACUCUGUUCCAAAUAAGUCCCAUACUGUGAUGGUGGUGAUGAACCAAUCCAAUUACUUGCGCAUAAUGUACUUGUGGUCUGCAACCGAGAGACAGUGGAGACUUUAUACUUCAUUGCCAAGAGAUUUCUGUGACAAUUAUGCCCUGUGUGGCCCUUAUGGGUAUUGUGAUAUAAGGGUAACUCCAUCUUGUAAAUGUCUAGAAGGGUUUAAGCCAAGAUCACCUGAUAGUUGGACGGCGGGGGAAUUUGCAGACGGUUGUGAACGAAACAAACUGAUAAACUGUGGGGAUGAAGUUGGGUUUGCACCGCUCAACCAGCUGAAAUUGCCAGACACAAAGCGUACUUGGGUCAACAAAAGCAUGGAUCUUGAAGAGUGCAAGCAAAAAUGCUUGAGUAAUUGCUCUUGUAUGGCUUAUGCAAAUACAAACAUCAGUGGGAGUGGCAGUGGCUGUGCCUUGUGGAUUGGUGAUCUAAUCGACUUGAAAUUGAUUCCGGACGCAGGACAGGAUUUAUAUGUUAAAAUGCUAGCAUCAGAAUUAGUCAAGCGUGGGGAGGUACAAAAAACUGAUAGAUUGAAGCCUAAGAUGAAGAUUUCUUUGGCUGUGAUUGCUCCCAGUUUAGGUUUGGCUAUCCUCUUCAUAGGCCUAUACAUUUUCAAAAAGAGAUCAACCGUCAAAGAUGACCAUGAGAAAAUAGAAGCUCAAGAUCUGGAGCUUCCCUUGUUUGAUCUAUCCUUGAUAAAUAGUGCCACAAAUAACUUUUCGAUUGAUAAUAAGUUGGGAGAAGGUGGCUUUGGGCCAGUAUAUAAGGGUAAGCUUACAAAUGGACAAGAUAUUGCAGUGAAGAGACUUUCGCGGAGUUCUGGACAAGGAAUGAACGAAUUUAAGAACGAAGUAAUCCUGAUUGCAAAACUUCAACAUCGAAAUCUUGUAAAACUUCUUGGUUGCUGCAUUCAAGGAGAAGAGAAAAUGUUAGUUUAUGAGUAUAUGCCAAACAAAAGUUUGGACUUCUUUAUAUUUGAUCGAACACAACGUCAAUUAUUAGAUUGGUCACAACGAUACCACAUUAUAUGUGGAAUUGCUAGAGGACUCGUGUAUCUUCAUCAAGAUUCUCGAUUGAGGAUUAUACAUAGGGAUUUAAAAGCAAGUAAUGUUUUACUUGAUACGGAUAUGAAUCCCAAAAUUUCUGAUUUUGGUCUAGCUAAAACUUGUGGUGGAGAUCAAACUGAAGGGAGAACAAUAAAAGUGGUUGGAACUUAUGGAUACAUGGCACCAGAAUAUGCUUUCGAUGGACGAUUCUCAGUAAAAUCGGAUGCUUUUAGUUACGGCAUUUUGUUGUUGGAGAUCAUUAGUGGAAAAAGGAGUAGAAGUUUCUGCCACUUGAACGACCAAAAUGUUAUUGCAUAUGCUUGGCGAUUGUGGAAAGAAGGAAAUCCAGAGGAAUUGAUCGACGACGCCAUUCGAGAAAUGUGCAUAAUUUCGGAGGUAUUGAGAUGUAUCAACAUCAGUUUGUUGUGUGUUCAACAAAAUCCCGAUGAUCGACCCACAAUGUCAUCGGUGAUUAUGAUGUUAGGUUGUGAAAUUCCUUUGUCGCAACCGAAACAACCUGGUUUUUUCAUAGAAAAUGAAGCCAUUUCAAGGAAAAUUAGCUCAAGUAAAGACAAAUCAAGUUCAACUAAUGAAUUAACUAUUACACUGCCAGAUCCAAGGUAAGUUUAGUUUGGUUUACACCCAAGAAUCAAGAACCUUGCUUGAUCAUUAUUAACUUGGAUGAGUGAUCCAUGGCUAGAGUUUGCUAUUAUGUGGGGUUGCAUAUCUACAUUUGGAACAGUGCCUUUGAUUUUUCCUUAAAUUUUUUUUGUUCAUUGGUUUGUCUAAAGGGAGUUUAUAAAACUGAAUAUUAAACAUGAAUAUAUUUUUCUCCACCAUUGCUGUCUUCAAA